AUGAUGGCAGACACUGUGUUAAAGGGCAAGGAGCUGCACAUCAGCGAGCAGCCUCUUACAUUGCACAAUUGGCAUCGCCAUGUCAACUGGGUCAAUACUACUCUAAUUGUGACCGUUCCAUUUCUCGGUUUUGUUGCUGCAUUUGACAUUCAAAUCCAGGUCCCAACGGCUAUUUGGGCUAUUAUGUUUUACUUUUGGACUGGCUUGGUGCUGAAUCACAACCCCAAGUAUCGUGGCCGCACGGAUAUCUCCGUAUUGAACAAUGACUCCAUCGUCGUGUGGCAGCACAAAUACUAUGGUAGAUUCAUUCUCGUCUUCGGGAUGCUUUUCCCAAUGGUGAUCGCUGGGUUAGAGUGGGGUGAUUGGAAGGGCGGCUUGGUUUACGCGGGUAUCUUGAGGUUACUCUUCCUCCAGCAGGCGACCUUUUGUGUCAAUUCUCUUGCCCAUUGGCUAGGUGAUCAGUUCCCUUCAGACUACCGCAACGCCAUCGAGUGGUGGCAUUAUGAUCCGACCAAAUGGUCAAUAUGGGUAUGGAAGCAAAUUGGCCUUGCCUCCAACCUUAAGAACUUCCGCGCCAACGAGAUCGAAAAAGGCCGCGUUCAGCAGCUGCAAAAGAAAAUUGAUCAAAAGCGAGCCAGGAGAAACUGGGGUGUUUCCUUGGAGCAGCUACCUGUUUGUUCCUGGGACAAGUUCGUUGCCGAGUCUCAGAGUGGUAAAGCCCUUACUGUUAUCGCCGGUAUGAUCCAGACGUGA